UUGUUUUUCAGUUUUGAUUUUUGUCAUUUCUGAUUCGUUAAACCCUAGAAAUUGAUGGGCUAAUCGAUUUGUUGUUAUUCAACGCUGAAAGGACUACUUCUAUGACUACCAAUCGAAUUUGACCACAGAUGAAUACAGUUGUAUUAGAAAAGUUUUGAACAAAAAGGAAGAUUGUGGUGGUGAUCAAGUUAUGGCUUCUGGGAAUCAAAGGACAAAUUAUUCUGAGGCAACUGUUGAAAUAAAGAUCAAAACUCUAGAUUCACAAACCUAUACUUUGCGUGUGGAUAAAAGUGUUCCAGUACCUGAGCUUAAGGAACAAAUUGCUACUGUUACUGGUGUGCUGUCUGAACAACAACGCCUCAUAUGCCGUGGAAGAGUUUUGAAGGAUGAUCAGCUCCUCUCAGCAUACCAUGUGGAAGAUGGUCACACUUUGCAUUUGGUUGUUAGACAACCAAUUCCCCCAUUAUCAGAUAGCUUACCAAUUAAUGAUCCAGAAACUGAUCAUCCCUCAAGUGCUUUCCAUAGUCAAGGUAUUCGAGCAGGUCCAAGUGUAUUUGUUGGAGCCUUCAGUAUUUCUGAAAAUGGAGAUGCGGUUCUUCCAGCAUUUAAUCAGAUUGUCUCAGCUUUUCUCAAUUCUAUUGGUGUUGGAAGUGGCAGUGAAGGAGUUAAUCUUAGGGAACCCUCUAAUAGUGGCUUGGGAGAUUCUAGUGGACAACAACAGCACCAAGCAACUCUGCAGCCACCUGUGGUUCCUGAUUCCUUGGCAACUUUGUCCCAGUAUCUUAGCCAGUUGAGACAUGAAUUUGGGGCUAAUGGGGGAAAUGGAAACAAUUCACACAUUGCUGCAACUAAUGGGAGCAAUGAACAAAACUUUGACCCUGCGCUCCCUUCAACUGCUGGCGAAAGAGGGCUUUCAAGGCCAGCAUUUUUGGCAGAAGUGCUGUUUUCAACGAGGCAAUUAUUGAUAGAACAAGUUGCUGAUUGCCUAUCUCAUCUUGCACAACAACUAGAGGAUCAAGCAAAUGUUACAGAUCCAUCAGUUCGGAUGAGUUUUCAGGCAAACAGUCUUAGAUAUGGAGCUCUUUUCCAGAAUUUGGGUGCUUUGCUACUCGAACUUGGUCGUACAAUAAUGACAUUACGAGUGGGCCAAACACCGGCUGAUGCUGUGGUAAAUUCUGGACCUCCUCUAUUUAUAUCAACUUUAGGCCCAAAUCCUAUGAUGGUUCAGCCAUUCCCUUUCCGAUCUGGAACAAGUUUUGGGACAACCCCUAUUGGAAAUGCUGAAGUUACAAGGAAUAUCAAUGUGAGGAUACGAACAGGUUCAUUUAUGCCCAGUGAAAGGGAUUCUAACAGUCCACAGCCAACCACCGGACAAACCAACCCGGCUGUUUCUGGUGUUGCAGAUUCUGUUAACCAUGCAACUGCUGCAUCCUUGGGGAAUCUGCCUUCCAUUGGGGUGUCUGAAGUGCGGGUAGUUCCUAUUAGGACUGUGGUUGCUGCAAUUCCUGCUUCAGUUAGGCAAACAUUUUCUAGUUCGACUCAUAGUUUGAUGGGCUUAUUCCAUCCGGUCUUAGAUGGAGUUCAUGAUGUGAAUUCUGAAAUUCUGGAUAGCACAAGUGAUUUUCAGUUUCCUAGUGACCAAAACCGUAGUUCACCUAUCAGUGUUGGUGGUAAUGUUGACUUUCAGACUACGGCCACAAAUUCUACCCCACAUGUGGCUGCUGCUAAUGCACAAGAGGCAACACCAACAGUGGGUAUUGAAGGAGCUUUCAUCUCUAAUUUGCUUCAUCAAAUGAUGCCCUUCAUAGCUCAAAAUGUAGCCUUGGGAUCAGAAGUGGCAUCUUCAGGGAGAGAUGCUGGUAAUACAGAAGCUUCAACACAGGCUUCAGACUCAAAUGUUGGCACUUCCUCCAGGCCACUAGGUGACCCUUCAUUUGCUGGUCCUAGCAAGCGUCAAAAGAGGGAGUGAUUUAUCUUGAAGUCCUGUAUAUGAAAGCAACACUGGUGCGCUUGAACUCUUAUGGCAACAUCGAAUUAGGGCGAAACGUUUAGAGGAACAUAGUUUUAUUGUUUCACUUAUUUCAUUUAUUUUGAAGAUUGAUAAAGCAUAUGCCCAUAUGUAAAAAAUUUUGCAUGUAACAAAUUUUCUUUCUUUUCUUUUUAGUAUAGGUGGUGAUUCAAACUUGACGCCACUCUUAGAAUCACUUGUACCAAAUUUAUAUUUUUUGAUUUGCUUCUUAUUUGUUCAGUAA